AUGCAGGAGUCAUAUAGGCUACCGAAACGGAAUAGAACUAAGAUGGCGAUCUGUACUUAUAAUGCCCGGACGCUUGCAUCGGAAACGGCCAUCGAAGAUAUUAUGAUGCAACCCAAGAAGAUUAAGUAUGACGUCAUCGGACUGACCGAGAUGAGACGACGUCACCCUCUCAACGCCGUAUAUGAAACUGGAGAAGAACUGUUCUUAGGAACAUGCGACAGAAGAGGUGUUGGUGGAGUUGGCGUCCUCGUCAACACGAGUAUGGCAAAGAACAUCGACUCGGUCGAACAACUUACGACCCGAAUCGGACGUCUGCGGAUGAGAAGAACUGGUUCAACCCUAGUUUUGACUAUCUUCGUCGCUUACGCUCCAACAUCAAGCUACGAAGAAGUCGAAGCCUUCUAUAUGGACCUGGAGCAGUUAACCAAGAUCAUGCCUUCUACAAGGUCAUAA